AUGGUGUUGAAGUCAACCUCUAUAAGUGAUGUGUCCGUUUAUCAGGUCUCUGGUACUAAUGUCUCUCGUUCUUUGCCAGAUUGGAUAGCAAAAAAGCGUAAGCGUUCAUUAAAAAAUGAUUUAGAAUGGCAGAAUAGGGUGGAAUUAAUACAAGAUUUCGAGUUCAGUGAAGCUUCCAAUAAGAUUAAAGUUUCCCCAGAUGGUCAAUUCGCUAUGGCUACUGGUACUUAUAAGCCGCAGAUUCAUGUUUACGACUUCGCGAAUUUAUCAAUGAAGUUUGAAAGACAUACAGAUGCAGAAAAUGUUGAUUUUAUAAUACUAUCUGAUGAUUGGACUAAAAGUGUUCAUUUGCAAAAUGACCGGAGUAUACAGUUUCAGAACAAGGGUGGAUUGCAUUAUACAACUAGGAUUCCGAAGUUUGGGAGAAGUUUAUGCUAUAAUAAAGUUAAUUGUGACUUAUAUGUUGGUGCUUCGGGGAAUGAAUUAUACAGGUUGAACUUGGAACAAGGCAGAUUUUUGAAUCCAUUUAAAUUGGAUGGGGAAGGUGUUAAUAAUGUUUGUAUUAAUGAUGUUAACGGUCUGGUUUCUGUUGGCAUGGAGGAGAGUGUCGUUGAAUUUUGGGAUCCUAGAGCGCGUUCUCGGGUUUCUAAGUUAUAUUUGGAGAAUAACUUUGACUCCGCGCCUUUCCAAGUUACUACUACCAGUUUCAGAAAUGAUGGGCUAAAUUUUGCCUGUGGUACAUCUAAUGGUUAUACCUAUCUCUAUGAUUUACGUGCAGCAGACCCAUUAAUAAUGAAGGACCAAGGUUACGGUUUUGAUAUUAAAAAAGUGAUUUGGCUGGACGAUGUUGGAGCUAAUAGUGAUUCUAACAAGAUCUUAACCUGUGACAAGCGUAUUGCAAAGAUCUGGGACAGGAAUAGUGGAACCGCAUAUACGUCGAUGGAACCUAGUGUUGACAUUAAUGAUAUUGAGCACGUAAAAGGGACAGGUAUGUUUUUCACAGCGAACGAAGGCAUACCAAUGCAUACAUAUUAUAUUCCAGACCUUGGUCCUGCUCCAAAAUGGUGUUUGUUCUUAGACUCCAUUACCGAAGAACUGGAAGAGAAACCAAGCGAAUCUGUCUACUCGAACUACAGAUUCGUAACAAAGGAAGACGUCAAGAAGUUGAACCUAACCCAUCUAAUUGGCUCCAAGGUCUUAAGAGCAUACAUGCAUGGUUACUUUAUUGAUAGCGAACUCUACGAUAAGGUAGCACUAAUUGCCAAUCCUAAUUCCUACCGUGAUGAAGUCGAUAGAGAAAUCAGACGUCGUAUUGAAAAGGAAAGAGAAUCCAGAAUUAGGUCCACCGGUGCUGCCAGUAAACCUAAAGUUAAAGUUAACAAACAAUUGGUUGAUAAAUUAUCCGACAAGCGCGGUGGCAACGUUGCAGAGACUGUUCUACAGGACGACCGUUUCAGAGAAAUGUUUGAGGAUGAAGACUUCCAAGUUGAUGAAGAUGACUAUGAUUACAAGCAAUUAAACCCUGUAAAAUCUGCUAGGGAGACCGAUGAAGGUGCAGCAAAACGUAUUAGAGCUUUAACUGCAGCUGAAGAAUCUGAUGAGGAGAGAAUCGCAGCCAGAGAAGGAAAGCAGAGCUAUUCCGACUCCGAGGAAGACUCUUCGGAAGAUGAGGACAGCGAUGAUGGCGCUCAACUAAACGAUGAAGAGAAAAAACAGUUAGCAAAGAAGGUGGCCGAGCUACAGAGGAAGAAGAAGAAGCAAGCAGAAGAUAAGGAAUUCAGAAGUACACUAAGCGUCGGCUCGUCCGACCCUCAAUCUACGUUGUUGCAUAGCACCUCUUUUGACAAGCAAGUAGAGCUGCUCAACAAGGAAGAAGCCAGUAAAAAGGAUAAUAAUACAAUUCUCCGCCGCACCAACCGUGGUGAGGCAGAACUUACAUUCAUUCCAAAGAAGGUCACCAAAAAGACCAAAAAGAAAGUUACAUUCGAUGAUGAAGGUGACGAUGAUAACAAACCUAAAGACAGCACAAAGGAUGGCAGAAGCCGCCCUAGGUUUGAGGGAAGAAGAAGAGCAAGUAAGAACGUUUUCCGUGGAAUGUGA